AUGGUAAAGACAUGGAGCAUCCUCUCCUUUCUAGUUGCCCUCGUGGCGGCUCUGUUUAUGCUUGUCCCUUCUCUGCGUUCGGCUCUUCCGUUUCUAGGGCCCGAAGUGGUGUCUGAGGAGCAGCUACGUAUCGAGGCACUAGCUGCGGCGCAGAACUAUACAUAUACGACUGUCCUUGAUGAUCCGCCUGUAAUCUAUCUGGACAAUUUUCUUUCGGAAGCAGAGAUCACGGAGAUCUUGAACUUCAGUUCGCCUCAUUUUGUCCCUUCGCAAGUCUAUAGCCCAGAUGACAGUGCUCCGAAGCACCGAACCUCAUCUUCCUGCCUCCUCCCCGAGGAACAUCCUCUUGCCUCUGUGGUCGCUAACCGAGCUCUCCAAUUCCUCUCGAAUAUAACGAAGACCGCCCCUCCGACCGCCCCUCGCAUGCCCGAGCGUAUAUCUUACUAUGGCCUCGAGAAGAUCCAAUUGGUGAAGUACUUGCCCAGCCAGUAUUAUCACCAUCACAUGGAUUGGUUUGACACGUUGCUCCGCGACGAUCUUCCCGGAAAGGGUGAAGCAGGAAGAGGGCGAGGUCGAUAUUAUAACCGAGUUGCAAGCUUCUUCAUCUACCUCCAAGACGAAUGUACAGGCGGAGGAACAGAGUUUCCAGAUCUAGACUUUUCUAUCGAGUCCGCGGCUCAGCAAGGCAGGCUGAAGCCAGAAGAGUUUUGGAAUGAGAGAAUUGAUUUUGCCCACAUUGGAGACAACAAGACUGUAUCUGGUCUGUCAUUCAAGCCGAGGAAAGGAUCGGGAGUUUUCUGGGUCAACUUGUUACCCAUCGGCUAUGGUGACGAAAGACUCAGACAUGCUGGCCUUCCUGUCCAAGAAGGCCAGAAAGUUGGUAUGAAUAUUUGGGUCAAGAGAGAUUUUGGAUGGUAG